UUCGUUUGAGAUUUUGCGGGGCGCUGACUGUUAGGUUCUGUUUGUGCCGCUCUCGUUGGAAGUGUUUGCUGCUUCAAAGGACGUUCGAAUUACGUGCACUUUUCAGUUGUGUCAACAAGAUCAUGGCAAUUCAUUUUAGGCCUCGGCCUUACGUUAACACGCACACCUGGGCGCCCCUGUGGCUAGCGCUACUUAUGAGUGGCGGCUCGUCUGCUGUUGCUGCUCUUCGUAUGUGUUGGCGCCCGUUGUCCUCGUCUUCAUUGUGGACAGAACUGGCUCUCAAUGUAGGCAUCAUCAUGAACGCAGUGCUUGUUUUGUAGAAAAGAGCUGCGAACAUGUUACUAUUUAAAUACAAAGCACCUGCUGGUCAACGUUGCCGUUGAGCUUAUCAAACCAUGCUCGCGGCCCAUCGUCAUGCAAGUUUUCGUGGGCGAGAGAAUUGUCCCUGAUAGACCAUUGCAUGGCUCUGCUCCUUACCGUUCAGGCAGUUUCUUUAUCUUUUAAUGAACAGUGUGGCAGACAAAAUAAAGCUGGGUGCAUUCAAUCUCCGUCCAAUUCUUACUGUCAUUUCCGAUGUACUUUUCAUCGUGUAUUGUACCUCAUUCUCGCCAAAUGUAAUGCAGUGCGGUUUGAAAUUAUAAUCUGUAUUUCUUACUCUAUAUACGUUUCUCGCACUUCACUCCAUAAUGCUUGUCUAUAAAUUUCUGCAACUGUCAAACGUGAGCAGACAAAACAUUUGUGCACAAUGUGUCAGCGUUCGUCAAAGCAUGUGUGAUGAUGGUUGUUGACUUGAGUGGUAGUGGCGCGUACCCAUAGUGGGGAUUAGCACUUAGCAGCGUAACAUUAUAGGAAUUCUUACGUAGCGUCACAGUGCGCGUUUUAAGUACGAGAUGCCUGGAAGUGUAAGCAGAUGUGGAGGAUGGCGGACGACAUUCCAUCAUCAUUUCAACUGACAGUGAAUGCAGGGGACAGCCUGCCAGGGCUGGUACUGGUGGACCAGAUGACGGAACAGGCUGGUAGCCCACCACUGCGGUUGGUGCCUGUUGGAGGUGGCCAGUUCCUGCUGGCCAAAAUGGCUGGCCUGCCCCCUGAUGAGGAGAACAGCCUGGCUGGUGGCACCACUGCGCAAGAUGACUUGGCAAGACAACUGGCAGAGCUGCAGGCUGAGGUUCUGCAGAGGCUAGAGGGGAUUUCCAGCAAGCUGAGUGCAGUAGAGACCCGCUACACCACUCUUGGUGACAAGAUCCACAAUCUGACAGCAAUGUUAAGCACACCAACACCUGCUGCAAGCUCCGCCAGCACACCCUCAAGUGACACGAGGUCCAGUGGGCCAGUUUGUGUACCAUCGCCAGCUGGUGGAACUGUGGAAGACUACCCAAAUGGUUCCUGGCUUGGGAAUCCAGGAGACCCAGAUAUGCGAGUUCGUGUACCAGUCUCACCGCAGGAUUUGGAGAUGCUCAACCGCACCUGCACCACCCCAGAAAAGAUGGCCUUAACACUACUUGACUUUCUUUUUGACCGGGAGGUGCAGGCUAGCUCAAACAUUUCUGGCACUGGGCGUCAUGGAAAACGACAACUGGACCCACUUCGCAUCUUCGCAAUAAAAUGUCAUCUAGUACACCACUUCUCCAUCAGUGACCAUGACUGGCAUCGUAUCAAACAAAAUAUGGACUCCAAAUGCCGCACAGCUUUCAGGCGCAAAAAUAGAGGAAUGUCGCUUUCAGUCAAGGCAUUUCGUGACAGGGGAGUAUACCCCACCACAGGUUCAAAUUCUUCACAGUCAGCGGAGGACCCUGCUGAGCAGCUAGCACUUCUCUCUGAAGAUGCUCUGCGUGAUAUCGCCAGCUUACAGCCACAGAUCAUCCGCACCGAGCAUGGGGACAUCCAGGUUGUGCAGGCUACUGCUGAACAGCUUGCACAAAUGGAACGAGACCCACAGAUCCACAUUCUUGCCAGUACAGAAGUACUUAGUGCUGCAGAUAUUGAACAAAAUGAAACUGAAGAGGAUUUGGAGCCCUGACAGUGUUGAAUGAACUGAGAUUCGACAACUGCUUCAUCAACCUUGGUCCCAGGGAGGAAUGAGGUGGGCCACGGAAGGUUGCUUGCAACUGCUAAGCUGCAAGUUCCAGGAGUCUGGCAGUCCACCUCAUGGCUCCACUCGUCCUGCUUGAGCAGACUUGGGUGUUGGAAUAUUCAAACCAAAUAGCAUGUAUCCUCAGGAACACCAAAUGACAUUAGCUGUUUAAAUAGCACUUGAAUAGUUUGGCAUUCAUUUGGUGUUCCUAAGGAUAAGUGGCCAGUCAUGUGAUGUUUAUUCAGCAUGCCCUUUCUGCUCAGCGUUGUUGGCCUUAAUUUUAUUGUUAAUUGUGCUCAUAGCUAGCACAGUGUAAUUUAUCAGUGCCCCAUUUCAUGAACAGCCAAGCAUUUGUGUGGUUCUCCUUGUUAUGCCUGUUGUAAAUAUGUGUACAUAAACAAUGAAAGCACCCAUA